UUUCGCUGCGGGAGAACAUACAGAACGGUCAGCAGUUAGCGUUGAAUUGUAUCCUUUCAUUAAGACAUAAUGGGCAAGGGAGAUCCUAACAAGCCUCGGGGGAAGAUGUCCUCCUACGCCUAUUUCGUGCAGACCUGCAGGGAGGAGCACAAGAAGAAGCACCCGGACACCUCCGUCAACUUCUCCGAGUUCUCCAAGAAAUGCUCCGAGAGAUGGAAGAGCAUGUCUGCAAAGGAAAAGGGAAAGUUCGAGGAUUUGGCAAAGGGUGAUAAAGCACGGUAUGAACGUGAGAUGAAGACCUAUAUACCACCAAAAGGAGAGACAAAGGGAAAGAGAAAGAAGGAUCCAAAUGCACCAAAGAGGCCACCAUCUGCCUUUUUCAUCUUCUGUUCUGAACACCGUCCCCAGAUAAAGAGUGAGACUCCUGGUCUUUCCAUUGGUGACACCGCUAAGAAACUAGGGGAGUUGUGGGCAGAACAAACUCCCAAGGAUAAACUGCCACAUGAGCAAAAAGCUGCCAAGCUAAAGGAGAAAUAUGAGAAAGAUGUUGCUGCAUACCGGGCUAAGGGCAAGAGUGAUGUUGGCAAAAAAGUUCCAGGGAGGGCGACAGGUUCUAAAAAGAAGGUUGAACCAGAGGAGGAUGAUGAUGAAGAAGACGAGGACGAAGAGGAUGAGGAGGAUGAAGAUGAUGACGACGAUGAUGAAUAAAUGCUUUGUCUGCUGUAUAAAUUGUGCUGAAGCCCAUUGUUUUUUGCUAAGAAUGUGAACUCGAGUGCAGCUCAUUUUGUUAGCUUGGCUAUAAAAACUGUACAGAAUUGUGUAUAGGUAAUGUGAUUUGUUAGGGGGAAAACCUAUAUUUUUAAUAGUGUACGGGCUGUUAGUGUAAGAGCUUCUGAUGUGGGAUUAUUCUGCAUAUUUAAUUCAAAAGUAGCAAAGUGUUAGUAACAAGACCCAUUUAUUCUUUAGACCUAUAGACCUGGUGCAUUGUACUUUUUCUAACUUUUUUUUAGCUGUUUUUGUAAUAAAAUCUAUAUAUAUCAA